AUUUUUGGGUGUGAGACUAAUGCAUGGACUAGAUGGUCUUGCAGACUGGCUCAUUUCUUAGUUUUGCUCUACUACUUUGCAGAACAUAUUUAUGUCAUCGCUGGGCCAUGCCACUCUUACCCUUCUACUUAUCUUCCUUUGUAGUCAGUGAAGAAAAUCACAGGGAUAAGAGGAAGUUCAUUUCUCUACUUCACUGUGUGGUAUCUCCUAGAAUUACCAUAUUGCUCUUCACUGAUGAUAAAGGGAGACUAGCCAAGCAGGUACAGAUGUUUAUAUUAAGGUAGUUAGCGCUUGGAUUUCUUGUGUUUUAGAAGUUCUUAUGGGAACCUGAAAUUGUGUCUGAGAGGAUUAAGUUAUGUGUUGUUUCUCUAACUCCAUGUUUUCAUGGUCCCCUUUUGCAUGUUUUGCUGGAGUUUAAUUACAGGAGAGUCUAGAUCUUGAUUAAAUUUUAGCCAUGUAAUUAUUUUGUGUUGUAAUACUAAAGCCUUGGCAUAUGGGCUGAGUAUUUGAAAAUUAGGAAAAUUUGUGUAUAUUGUCUGUUGCUAUAUUUAUACAUCUUUAAGUGUAUAUAUAUAUAAAUGUAUGUGCUUUUAUAGAUGUCUAGUCACACUCCUGUCUAUGUGUGUGUCUACAGGUGUAGGUUCAGCCUGCAAAUGCCAUUUUCAGUUCUGUUUUCCUGUUACAGUACUAUCUCCAGGGCUAGUCCGAAGUCUGCUACAAAGCAAUUUUUCUGUUAACUGUCUUGGAGAAAUAUAGCUCAUGGUUUAAUCAAGGCUAAACUCCAGGUAGGUGAUGAGUGAAUCAUGCAAGAGCAAACACUGAGUGCUGAUAAAUUAGGAGAAGUGUGCACCUAGAGGUAAGAAGGGAAAUAAAUCUUGCCAGUCGUUACAAAGAGAGGGUCAAAGAGAGAUGUGAGAGAAGUUACUUUUCACACAGUAAACUCUUACCAUAGACCCAGACUUUUGUGUGUUGGCACAUUUAAAAGGACUGAUAGUGUUACUGCUCUUAUUGCAAUCAGAUCAUUCAGGUGGGAAUUCCCCUGCUUAUACUGUCAAGGUUGAGAGAUGAAGUGGAAAUAAAACAGCAGCAUGAGAGGAAGCUGGGCAGAGAAUGAUCAGCAAGAGAGAGACAAAGCACAACAUAGGUUAACGGCACUGGAGCUGCAGGUGGCAUUUCUGCGUAUCUUUUCUGCACAGAGGUGAGUUUUCAGGUAGGUGAGGGCUGGAGAUGCAGGGAAAGACAGUGGAGCUGCAAUGUCAGAGCAAGAAGCAAACAGGGAGCCCUGGGAAGAGGCAACCUAAUCUCUGCCACCAAUCCCCCUCUGCAAAGGGGAUUCAGGGUGCUCAAGGCUGCUGAGCAGGAGUAUGGGGUGAGAAGGGAUUUCUGGCUGCCAACAGAAGUAGAGCAGGAAGGUGCAAUCAGAGGCAUCUGGCAGGGAUGCAUAGCAGCAAAGGAAGGUUCUGAUGGAGAGCUGUGAUGUUGAUGAGACCAAUGUCCUGUGGGAAAUGGGAGAGAGGAAAGCAGCAAAUGAAAGAGAUAAAUUGGGUCAGGCUGUGCCAUUUGUGCUCAGUUUCCUCAUAGGAGGGUGCCUUGUACUUUUUCCUCUUUGUAUGUUGUCUCAUCUGAGUGUUGCUCCCUGUCACAUUGCAGACGCUCUAAAAGCUGUAACCUAAAACUCAACCAGCCUGGAGGUGGGCAGGUAGCUGGGUGAGUGAUGAUAGGAUGGAUUUGAACAAAUACAGAGAAUCCCAGCCAAUACAUUGAACCCUAAGUGCAGAUGUAUCAUUGGCCAAGGAAAUGAGUGACUGGGACAGUAAACCAAUCACAUGUGUAUACCCAGGAAAUCCAAACCCUCUUUUUAAGGAGCAUUCAGAACAAUAGAGGAGCUUUUGUCGCAUGCGUCACGGAGGGUCGUGGUGUUUGUCUCCAGCCAGGUGCCCAGACAAUGUCAUAGAUACCAGCUGCCCAGAGAAGUGGGACUGAAGGUGAGGUGCCUUGGUUUCAGGAAUUCAAUCAGGAAAGAGCUCACUUAACAAUGGCCUCGGGACAUCAGCUGCCUCCUCACCUAACUCUGACCCACUGUACAUCCUCUGUGUUGGCAGUAAGCAGAGGCAUGGCCACGUGUGCCUGUGCAUACGUGUUGUUAGGGUGGUGCUGGGUGGUGAGAACUAGGACACAAGUAACCCACACACUGCCAGGUGGAGAGCAGCAGCUUUUCUUAGUCUGCUUGUGGUUUGACCUCUUCACCAACCAGUGGCUCUCCCUCUGCAGGCUCCACUGCUCAAAUUUACCAGCCCACAUUUAGCUGGGUAGUGCUCCCCAAGCUACAAUCAAUUCGCACACUAUUGGCAUGCUUUAUUUUAGGCCUUACACCAGCCUUCUCCAUUUGUGAGCAUUUAUACAACCUCAUUUGUUGUCAGUCAUGGUUUUGUUUAAGAAUAUGUGCAUAUUUCCUCAAAUACUUCUACUCAUGUGGACCAGGGAAAAUAAUCCUGUGCAUGUCUGAUGGCUUGGACCCUUUUUCCUCAGAAACAUUUUGAAUGCCUGGUUCAUCACAGCACCUUAUGAAGGACAUCUGUGCAAGUUUAUGUGUUUUUAGUUGCAUUUCAGUUUAAUUUUCCUACUGUGGCUUUUUAGUUCCCUCCACAAAAGGGAGACGUGAUUUCUUGAUAGGGCAGUGAUAUAAUACACUGAGGCUGUAUGUCUGGAUAUGGAGAAGCCUGAAAUGACCUUGUAAGUCAGGGUCUCAAACAGAAUCAUUAGACAGGAAUUGGAAGGGGAAGAAAAUGGCUGAAAGUGAUUGAGGGUGGGAAUGGGAUUCCUCUGAGUGUCUAUUCAGAUUACAGAUGAGAAAAAACUGGAAAGUAAGCAUCCUGAAUCACCAAAUGCAGUUCAGUCCUGGAGUCUCUGGAUGAUUUCAGGCUGAUAAGAUGGAGAGCCAUUAGGCUCUGCUGUUUUUAUUCCUGUGCAGUACCUGCCUAGUUCCCUUGUUUGCUGCCAAUUUUCCACCUAUAAAUAACCUGCCUAUGGACAGUUUUUGAUUGAUCAGGUUACCUGGUUGUUGAAGUAACUAUUUUGAUGACAACUUUUAAAAUGCUACCUAAAUCUGUUGCUAGUGAACUCACACUGCUCCUAGAUUUAACCUUUAGCCUACAGCACUGCAUUAUCAAGUUACUCUUGGGAGAUCAAAAAGCUGUGCAAAACAACUUCAUCUGGACAGCAGAUGAGUCUAACUACAGACUGCAAUUUUUUGUUUGGGAUUCACAUGGACCAAUACCUAGGUAUCUAAACUGUGAAACCGUAUUUUAAGGCAAUGGGGUAAUUUCUCUUGGAGUCAUCCCAUCUUAAUCUGGGUGUCCAAGACACACUAUAUUAAUUGCUCCUAAAAGGUGUUCUUUCUCUCCAUUGGCUUUGGAGCUCAUGGUGUACAACGAGUUCAGCUGUGAGCAUCUAAAGACAGGGAAGAGAACCUUGUCCUUCAAGAUCCAAAGCUCUACAUCAAAGACAGACAGACAUGAAAGUAACACAAGGGGUCAAAAUGCUUAUAGUCCCGCAGGGGGGAAGAGAUGGAAUGAGUGAAAAAAUUAUCCAUAACUUUUUCCUCCCCAUAUACCCAAACUGUAUCUGUCAGUUCUGGAUAAUCUUAAGCAGUUAUGACUAAAAAUAAUGCAACUGGAAAGGUGGAACUUCUCUGUAUUAACUUGUAUACAUGGGUCAGCUAUUUUAAAACAAAUCAGAAUAUUAAUUAAGACUGAAGUAGGUCUUCUGCACAGAGUCUCAGGUGGAUGACUGAGGGAGAAAGCAGUUCUCAAGAGCCAAUCUAACCUGAUUAACCUGAUAGAGAGCCUACAAUGAUUUUGUGAACUCACUGAUUGACCUCUGGGGAUUGUUAACUCUAUCCUCUGUAAGAUACCUACUGAGUUAGGUGGGUUUUGUGGCAUGCUGGGGAAAAUUACAUUUUAAAUAUUCUCUUUGAUCAAUAUGCAAUAAAGGUUUUAAAGGGAAAAGAUCUCUCUUAGGCUUCAAAAAUUGUUUUUCCAGCUCCUCAGAAGGAUAGCGGAACUAAAGGCAUCCUGUUAGGAGUAAAGACAAGCUGGAUAUUGCAGGAAGCUCUGCAACAAAAAAAAAGCCAUGACAAAUCAUCAUGAAAACUAUGAGAAGAAAGUGGAGUGACACAGGAUCCACAUCUGUGUGCCUUCUUUUAAAUAAUUUCAGUGCAGAAGACCAGAAACAAACUCUAAGGCUGGAAAAAGCUAUCUAGUCCUGUCAGCUGAUCUGAUCUGAUCUGAGCGCCUGGCUCUUCCUUCUGGCUUGGCCUGAUCUUCUCUCUGCCACAGGUUCCCAAAAUAGAAAAAGACACUGGCAGAGAAGAAGGAUGUGGUAGUAAAAAGGAAGAGCUGAGUCAGUAGGCAACAAUGGUCAGUUUUACAAGCUUAAAUUUCAUUAACAAGUAUCAGACUGGUGGGACCAUGAGAGUCAUCCAGGCAAGUGUUUGUUUCCCUGCUUACAGGACAUUUACAAUCAGAGUAGGAAAAGACAGAUAAAAUGAAGAAACGACUGAAACAACUGCAUUCCUUUUCUCCCUAUUGUCAGAAUAGAGAGAAGACAUAUGCUUGAUGUAAAUAUUAAACCUGAAUGUUACUAUCCACUGUAAGAUACUGACUCUUCUUGAUGUAACCAGGAUUUGAAACACUUACGGGAGACUCCCAGGGAUAAAAAAUUAAUAUACAAAAUAAUAUUCACAGAUUCAGAAGACCUGAGGUGAUAUUGAAGUAUGAAGGAUACUUACUAAACAGGAGGAGGAUCAGAGUAGUAACUAAUCAAUUUCAACCCUAAACUGUGUUAAAACCAAAUAUUUUAACAGUGUCUUCAACAAGACAGAACAGCAAAACUUGCAUUUUAGCUUUAUACCUUGCAUUUUAGAUUUAUACCUUCUCCAAAAUAAGCUAUGCAUCUUAUAUUUGCUCUGACUGCAUUUCAUAUUUUAGGCAUUAUAAUGAUGACACACACCUGGCAAAUGUUGGCCAUCUACAUGGUCUUAGCUGCAAGCCUCUCCGAACAGCAAGCACUGAAGCAGGCUUGUGCUUCAUGCUAUGCCAGUCAGCAUUGCAACUGCUCCUCCAUGGGCUUGGACUUCAUUCCCCCUGGGCUCACAGCCAAAAUCACAGUGUUAAACCUGGCCCACAACAGGAUAAAGCACAUCCAAUCCCAGGACCUGCAGCAGGCUGUGAACCUGAGAGCCCUGCUGCUGCAGUCCAACAAAAUCAGCUCCAUAGAUGAGGACUCAUUUCAGUCCCUGGCAAAACUGGAGCUCUUGGACUUAUCAAAUAACAGCUUGGCUCACUUGUCCCCUCUGUGGUUUGGGCACCUUUUUUCACUCCAGCACCUUCAUCUUCAAGGCAAUUCCUACAGAGACCUGGGGCAGAGCUCCCCCUUUUCUGGCCUAAGGAACCUGAGCUCUCUCCACCUGGGUAACCCGUGGUUCUCUGUGAUAAGGCAAGGGAAUUUUGAAGGCAUUGAGCUUCUGCACAAGUUGUGGAUUGAUGGUAGCAAUCUCAAUCAGUACGAGCAGGGAAGUUUGAAAUCAAUUAAGGAGAUAAAUCACAUGAUCAUAAACAUAAGAGAUAGUAAUAUAUUCUCAGAAAUUGUUAGGGACCUUCUGCACUCUGUCUCUUGGCUGGAAGUGAGAAGAAUAGCACUCAGUAUUGCUGCAGAAAUGCAAGUAUUGAGAGUCAUGUCUUCAUCUUUUGCGAAGAAAAUUUCUUUGAGAAAGAUCUUACUAACAGAUGAUACUGUGCCUGAGAUUGCCAGCAUCUUAGAAGACAUGCCAAAAUUAGUGGAGCUAGAACUGGUAGACUGUAGACUCAUUGGUACUGGACAAUGGAAAAUGCAAAUUCAAGCAAAACAAUCAAAGACACUUAGAGUUCUCACAGUAAAGAAAUUAUCUAUAGAAGAAUUUUACUUGUUUACAGAUCUUCAUGCUGUGGAAGAUCUACUAUCUCUUUUUACGAGACUCACAGUUCAAAACACCAAGGUUUUUUUGGUCCCAUGCAGAAUUUCCCAAAAGCUUCGGUCAUUAGAAUAUCUUGACCUUAGUGCAAAUUUGCUUGGAGACAUGAGUUUAGAACAUUCAGCCUGUCAGGGUGGUUGGCCAUCACUACAAACUCUGAAUUUAAGUCAGAAUUCACUGAGUGACUUAGAAAUGACAAGUAGAAGUUUAUCUCAUCUAGGAAACCUAAUUGUUUUGGACAUUAGCCAGAAUAAUUUUGGUGAGAUUCCUGAUGUGUGUGAAUGGCCAGAAAAUCUGAAAUAUUUAAACCUAUCCAGCACUCAAAUUCCUAAAGUAACCACCUGCAUUCCUCCAACGCUGGAAGUUUUGGAUGUUAGUGCAAACAACCUGAAGGAGUUUGGACUGCAGCUCCCAUUUCUGAAAGAGCUGUACCUCACAAGAAACCAGCUGAAGACCCUGCCGGGUGCCGCACCCAUUCCAAACUUAGUGGUCUUGUCUGUCCGAAGAAACAAGCUGAACAGUUUCUCCAAGGAGGCAUUUGAGUCCUUCAGAAGAAUGGAGCUUCUGGAUGCCAGUGACAACAACUUCAUCUGCUCCUGUGAGUUCCUCUCCUUCAUCCAUCAUGAGGCCAGGAUAGCCCAGGUGCUGAUGGGGUGGCCGGACAAGUACGUGUGUGACUCUCCACUGGCGGUGAGAGGGGCGCUGGUUGACACUGUGCACCUCUCCAUGGUGGAGUGCCACAGGUCCCUGGUGGUGUCAUUGAUCUGUGUCCUGGUGUUCCUGGUCAUCCUGCUGCUGGUCGCCGUUGGCUACAAGUGCCACAUAGUCUGGUACUUGCGGAUGACGUGGGCAUGGCUGCAAGCCAAGCGGAAGCCCAAGCGAGCCCCGCCAAAGGAUGUCUGCUAUGAUGCUUUUGUCUCCUACAGCGAGAAUGACUCUGACUGGGUGGAGAACACUAUGGUGCGGGAGCUGGAGCAGGCCUGCCCUCCCUUCCGGCUCUGCCUGCAUAAGCGGGACUUUGUGCCUGGGAAGUGGAUUGUGGACAACAUCAUUGAUUCAAUUGAGAAGAGCCACAAAACGCUCUUUGUGCUGUCCAAGCACUUUGUGCAGAGUGAGUGGUGCAAAUACGAGCUAGAUUUCUCACAUUUCCGCCUCUUUGAUGAGAACAACGAUGCAGCAAUUCUCAUCCUCCUGGAGCCCAUCCAGAGCAAUGUGAUUCCCAAGAGGUUCUGCAAGCUGCGGAAGAUCAUGAACACAAAGACCUACCUGGAGUGGCCUGCUGCUGAAGAGCAGCAGGAGAUGUUUUGGGAAAACUUGAAAAUAGCUCUAAGAUCCUAG